CCCUCCAGACUCCUCUGAGGUCUGGGCUCCAGGGUGCGACCCAGGUCGUGACCAUAGGCAGCACACCCACAUCCACGUCGAUUCCUCAGAUUGAGAAGUGUAUCAGAGAAAGGAGGGCACGUGUUAGGGUUUGGGGUUCGAGACUUUGGGAGUGGAACUCUAUUCAGUGCCCUGGCUUAGACUUUGCCCUCUGCCGCGUUGUUGGUAGCGGUAAAGAUGUCAAAUAUGAUGUGAGCGACAUUCGCUCUAUAAGGUCAAUACCGCGCGUAUUAACUUGGAAUCUUUGUACUGCAAUUAAAAUAUAUAGAUCAGGAACAACUUGGGAGUCUUAUCAAUAUACGAGGGCCCCUAUCAAAAUAUGGCUACGGCACUUUAUGUCUGAUACGAGCCCCUGUGAGAGGCGACACUCUAGAUCUUCGGUGUGUCAAUCUUAUCAUGGCCCAAGUUAGCCGCUGGCACUAUAGGCAGAGAGAUGGCCUUGUUUCCGUCUAUCAAAGUCAUUUUGACUCAGUCAUGUUUUUCUUAUCAGUCUUUGCUGGAUUAUGGCCUUCUCGAAACGAGAGAAUGAAGUUCUCGUGGCAAGUCAACACGUGGCCUCUUAUGAAUUUCGAUUGUUUCUACCUCCAAGUCCAUUUUCGGUACUUCACAACCGAUAAACAGGAGGAAGAUCCUGGCGUUCCUAGUGCGUCAACUCAUGUUCUACGUUGUUUCAGAGAGCAGGGUCAAAUUGUUUCAACCGCACUUCAGGUAGACUCCCACUCCUUCCAAGAAAGACGUAUCUCGGUAUUUGGUCUUUUCUUGGCACAAAACAAAAUAAACACAAGCGCAGCACCUUUUUAUAGUGUUUUGGCUUUAGGGGAAACGGACUUCGAAAACCUCCAGGGAUACGAUCUUAAGUGGUGUGCAGGCUUGGAAGGAACAAUCACCUUCCAACUUGCAGUGCUCGCAAGCGUGGCAAUCUGGACAACAGAGUGGAACGCCAUGUUGGAUCAGAUUGACAAAUGCGUACAUGUUAAGUUCAGCCAUACGCUGAGCCCCGAGGACAUUAAUGCCUGGAUGUUUGAUGACAACUUCGAGCGGUCUCGGUUGUAUUUUACGAUCCUCCAGGUUCUACGGAUGUUCAAUGAGUGCAUUAGCACUGUUUCUGACGAUCUACGUGCUUUAGACGAGCUCUUUUUGAAGCAAACAGACUUUCCAAUGCAAGACAUGAGAGAGGAUGAACUUGAGAUCAUGAGGUCGAACUGGGAGACAGUAAAGAAAACUCAGGAAGAAGCCGCAAAAGCGUUGUUGAACCGAAUCUUAUUCAAAACGGAAGAGGUUAAGAGUCUUCGAGAUGGGCUUUUUAACGCGUCUGCUUUGCGAGAAGCGAAUAAGUCCUCGACGAUGGGCCGCUAUGUUCUCAUCUUUACUAUAGUAACUGUGCUAUUUCUUCCUCCGAGUUUCGUAUCAACUGUGUUUGCAUUGGAGAUAUUCCAAAAAAAUGUCGCCCAGACGAAAUGGGAGUACAAGGUGGCACUAGUCUCGGUGUCCCUGGUUACCUACGCCGUAUCCUUUGCUGCCGUCAUCGCUGUUGACAAAAAGAAAUUGGAACAGAGAGUCUCACAAUGGAAGAAGAGUUUCAAGAAAUGGACAUCAAAUGAGGCUAAAUCAGUCCCAAAGUCACAAGAUGAGGAGGAGCCAGUCCCACCGGUCCGAGAUGAGGAAUCUCUUUCGCUUAAGGAGAAAAGACAUCUGUUUCCCAUCUCGACAUUUGCCAGCCGUUUCGGGAAAUCCUCAAAAAGGAAGGACAAGGGUAAAGCCCCAGACAACAGCACGAGUUCUAUGAUGCAAACACAGAAUGAGCAAGAUUCCUAAUUCCAUGCCACGCAAAGUUGAAGAGAGGGAACAAACGGCGUUGAUGGAUAUACUUAUUUCGUUUCUCACAGACGUGUUAUAGAAGGUGAGAUUAUAGGUGUUAUGAGUACUUCCUCUGCAUUUGAGAGUCUCUAGGAGUGUUACACGCGUACGAGCUGAGUAUGCAGUUCACCUUGCGCUUCGGCCGCACGAAAAGACAUUGCAGGCUGUUCAUGAUCUUAAAAUAUAUGCAGACUUCGCUUCAUAAAAUAAGCCAACGAGACCUAGGCGGUCUGGGCUAGCAGACCAGCUGUAUAUAGAGUUGAGUCAAGCCACCUGUCAUGGAGAUAUGUCCCCGGAGUGAAGCUAGAUCUCUAGUAGGUAGCACACAGGUAGUAGAUAGAUUGAGGGUAGAGGUAAGGGCUCAAUAUUAUUGAUUCCUGGCUCUCUAAACAUUAAGAGGGAGCCUUUACACCUUUAUAUAGUCAACUUCUAAGCUGUCCCCAGUAACUUCAACCCUAGUGCUAUAUUGUUCCCUGACACCGCCAAGGCCAAGAAGGAAUUAGUUGUUCAAGGACUCAUGCAGCCUUGGUUGAUCAUUAUAUCGUGAAUCGCAUCAAGUUCCAAGCCU